AUGACUCCGACGGUACCCAAUUCCAGUCAGGCCCCACCACUGCUGCAGUUGCUUUUGACUCCUAAUGCCCAGGCAUAUAUCCUCUUACUCAACUUUGUCAGAGACAGUGAUCAAGACUGCUGGGCUGAUCGCUCCCCACUUCAUGAAGCUGCGGCCCAGGGGCGCUUACUGGCUCUGAAGACUUUAAUUUCCCAGGGUGUCAAUGUGAACCUUCUGACACUUAACCAUGUCUCUUCCCUCCACGAGGCUUGCCUGGGAGGGCAUGUGGCCUGUGCGAGAGCCUUGCUGGAAAGUGGCGCACAGGUCAAUGGAGUGACAAUUCAUGGAGCUACACCACUCUUCAAUGCCUGCUGCAGUGGGAGUGCUGCCUGUGUUUCCAUGUUGCUGGAGCAUGGAGCCAGGGCCCAGCUGGACAUGCAUCUGUGCUCACCCAUCCAUGAGGCAGUGAAGAGAGGUCACACAGAGUGCAUGGAGAUUCUGCUGGCAAAUAAUGUCAAUAUUGACCAAGAGUUGCCUCAUAUUGGGACUCCCCUGUAUGUGGCCUGUACCUAUGAGAAGGAAGAUUGUCUGAAGAAGCUUCUGGAAUUAGGAGCCAAUCCUGAUCAGGGCCAAUGGCUGAACACCCCACUGCAUGCUGCAGCCAAGCAGUCCAACUUGGAGAUCAUCUACACACUGGUUGACUAUGGGGCUAACCUGAGGCUCAGAAAUGCACAGGGCAAAAUUCCACUUGAUCUGGCAGCUCCCAAAAGCAGUGUGGCGCAAGCGCUUAUUCUCUGUGAAGAGACUCCCAGCAAAAUUGAAACCACGUGUGCAGAUGGUCAGGGUGCCUUGUACAUGGAACUGUGCAAGUCAAAUCAGCAAAGGCUGCAACCAAAUCGGUUUCCUUGCUUUUCAACUCCGGAGAUGGGGGUCUUGUUUCAAUACCAAGAAGGCCCCAAGUAG